GGUGGGUAUGAGUGCGAUCCGUGCGCUGAAGAUAUUAAAGUGCUCAGUAGUAAAGAUCGAGCAGCUGGCUUCCAGAAGCUAACAAGAAAAUCUGACAGAAUAAGACGGUGGAAAGAGACUUGGUACAAAUUUACCGGUGAAGCUGGAGACAACAUGGCUACUGCGUGAGUACAUGCUCGGUUAUUCUUAUAUUCACCAUUUUCACAUAGACCAUAAUGCAACUUGUUUACCCUCCCCCCCCCGAAAUUUUACAUAACCAUUGUUUUAGAUUUCUCUUUGGACGACUGUAAUACCUUGGAGAAAUUGGAAACAAUGGUUCUGCAAAAUUUUGGGGGGGGGAGGGGGGUAAACAGGUGCAUUAUGGUCUAUGGUAUAUGAAGUCUCAUUCAAAGCGACCCGCUGUAGGUACUCGCUUUCCCUGUAUAUUGUAGUUCAGGACAGUUUGCCUGAGCUGCUUGGCUAGCGCUUAAAUGAUGAUAAGCGGCUGAUCGGUGCUUCAGGCAACUAAAAACUAAUAAAGGCCACAAAGAAUUUGCAGCUUACUCACGUUAUUUCAGUAAGUCAAUAGUGAAACGCGUCCUGACUUACGGCAUAACCCCUCUGAUUUGCGACUUUAAGGGGGCCAGAUGAAGCGGCAGGGAAAUUUUGAAAAUUGCGCGAAACUCUGGAAAAAUUCUGGCGUCACCCCCGGCUGAAACGUUUUGGGACAUUUUCGCUAAUAUCUUUUUCGUUUGGGAUCUGCUAAUAAACAAAAAAUUGGGCAUUUUUGGCAAUUAACUGACCCCAAACAGUUAAUGAGCUUCUGAGAAGUUGGCACAAUACACUGGGUUUGAUUUAACACGAUGGAGAAGAGAAUUAUGACGUCACGUUAUCAUGGUGGCAAAAUUUCUGGAUAACAAAUACAGGUCCUGUAAUAAACACUCUAAAGAGUUGUUUCUUUCAAAUUUCGUCUUAUUCAAAGGGUCAAGUUCCCCUGGAACCUUCACUGAGAAACCAAAACAUACAAGCUAAAGAGGUCUAUAGGGAGCUUAAGCAACGACGACGGCGACGGCAACAAGAACGACAGAAAGCCAAUAGGUUUAGAUUAGUAAAACAACAACUUUGCAAAUGCAUCACACCUUUUUGUACAUUUCGUAGCCUUCGUUGCUCAACUGGUACAUGAAUUCUUGAUUUCACGCGCCCUCUUUAUGGAUGUAGGUGAACACAAAAAAAGAAUUUUUUUUUUCUUCUUUUAAACUUAGAUACGGUCCUUUCGGAUUCAACCCCAGAAGAUUUCCUCAACAUUAGACAAAUUGAAGUUCUAUGAAGUUUGAAACAAUGCGAAUUCACUUUAUGUUUGCGGUUUGUUUCUUGUCCAGAAAUUUGCUACCAUGGCAACUUGAAGUAACGACUUCUCCUCUCUAUUUAACGCAAUUCUAUUAGUUUAACUCUUUAAAUGGAAAUGGAACCCUUUCCUUUAGUAAUUCAAAUGGAACGUACUGCAUAACUCCUCCUUCUUGCGGUGCUAAGUUUCCCGGUUAUCUUGACGGUGAUCACCCGGCUGAUUUGAAAGUUGGAGAAAGCGUGAAGAGAACCGUAUGCUUCUCAAAUGGACAGAAUUGCUGCGUGCGGAGGCAGGAAAUAGAGAUACUGAAAUGCAAAGACUUCUUUAUUUACAAGUUGCCGAAAGUACCCUUCACAAGAGCAAGGUAUUGCGGGAACAAAGGUGAGAUGCCGGGAAAUUUCUGAAUUGACGUAUCAUUCAAAUCAAAGGACCGCACCCCCCCCUCACUGAAGGGCUGAAUUUUGCCCUAUGACGCCCUAUGACCACAUACGAUUGCUGGGAAAAGUUUCCAGUAACUCAGGUUGCGGGUUGUAGGUGCACCUUGCUGGCUGGGAACCCUUUCAUCAGUCUUGCUGGGAGUGAGGAGCACUGGAGAUAAAUGUUUCCCAGCAAUCUCCCAAGAUGUUUAAAAUGGUUUCAGAAAGCUUUAUUCAUGCUUUGCUGUUGUUUUUAGGUCUUUUUCACAAAUUUCUCGUUCGGUGCCCCUGUGUUUUGGGUUUUUUUGGUGUCGUGUUGAUGUCUUGCAAAGUUAUUUUUCACAUAGUACGAUCUUCAUUGCACUGAGUAGUUUGCUUGCACAGCUUAAUAGGUCUAUUCAAAUAGUAGUUAAUUAUAAUAAUUUACUUUAUGUUUAAGGUCAAAAGGAACCUGAAAAGUGCGACGAAAAGGAACUGCUGUUUGGUGAGACAUAAAUUAAAAAAAAUAAAAAAUAAUAAAAAUAAUUUUUGUGCAUUUUCGAACACAGCACUUAUUAAAUACAUCAUGUAGUGUUGACCUUUUUCCUGUCCCUCGAAACGAUCCGAAGAAACUCACACACAUUCCCGUGAGGUAAGGCGCCUAAUAAGCAUGAUCCAGUAAGCCAAUGAGAAAGCUAGAAAUGUAUUUUACAAAGUAUCCCUCUAUUGCAAAUGGAAGUAAGAAACCUACUGACGCAGAGCCCAAUUCUAGACUUUACACCUUUGAUCAUAUGCUUAAGGCCUAUCUCCCGAAUUGUUUGCUAAUUCGUAGGACUGUCCAAGAAAUACGCUGCCAAAUCAUGUAAGGACAUUCAAGAGAAACGUCAAGACGCCCCGUCUGGAGUAUACUGGAUUCAACCCGAUGGUGAUAACCCGGUCCAGGUUUACUGCGACCAGGAAACAGACGGCGGAGGCUGGACACUGGUGUACAGCUACACCUUCGCAAACUUUAAGUAAGACACUUUGAUUCGAAAAUUUAUUGACUGUUUUAUCUAUCGUGUUUUUACAGUAAGUUAUUUUUGCUUAAGCAAAAUUUUAAAAGGAUCAGUUAAAACAUGAUAAAGGGUAGGAUAAAGCAAAUCCCGCGUUCUGAUUGGGUACUGGGGUAUACUCAUCGCUCCCCUGUCAACAGUCAGCGAUCUGACCAAUCAGGUCAUGAUACCAGAAUCUGAAUCCAAGCUCCCCCGGUUUUUUUCUCUGCCAGUCCACUCUCUUUUCGCUCCCUCCACUUGGGAGACUUCUUCAAUGCCUUCCCUCCCCAACUUCCCAGGCUAUGGGUCUAGCCGUUUUACUUGACGUUUAGUCAAUAACACAUAUAUUUUAAAGGAUUAUAUUGACAAUGGUGAUAACUGUUAUUCGCCAGGUCUUUCAAGUCCGGCUCCAACGCGGUCACGCCGCGCCCAAACUGGCCAAUCAGCCCGACUUACGGAAACAUAAUCAUCUCUACCACCCCUCCAGUAAGCGAAACAGACUACAACGCCAUGAACUUCAACUACUGGAAAAACCUGGGUCGCGAGUUCAUGAUCAAGUCCAACAUUAACCAUUGGAUCUCUUGCAAGUAAGAAUUCUCCACUUCAGAAACUGUGAGGAGAAUGAGUACAAGCUUUAUGUGCAGUGAUUUCUGGGAAGGACAAGUGUUAGUUAUGAUUGGUCGAUAACAUUCGAAGCUAUCUUUUACUCAGCAUAAGUAAAGGUGGCCCAACAAAAUGAUCCCAGAAAUCUUUACGCCGAUUCCCCUCAGUUUUUGUGAAUGGAAAAUUUGCUUUGGUUUUGCGAAAUAAUCUUGUUAUCUCUUGUCCGUUUGUUUAUGUCAAACUCAGAAAACCGUAAACACCUGGAAAAUUUCAGGAAUGUUGAUUGGGUACUGGCCAAUUGCAAUAAAGUUCAGGAUACGCAAGCAAACCUCAAAACCACAAACUAAUUACCGUUACUGCUUGCGGUUUAGUUAUCUUGCGCCUUAUUGGCUAGGAAAUUUCUCGCAACACAAUAACAUUCCAUAAAUAUUUCUGGUGUUCACGGUUUUGUGAGUUUCACAGUAACUGGUUUAUUUGUUUGUUUGUUUGUUUUUUUACUUUGUACAAUCAGCAAAUUGUUUGCAGCGCUAAUUUAAAGAAAGCGUGCAGUCACUUUGGAAAAAAAGUUACGUUGAUUACCUCAAAUGAAAGUUUAUACAUUAAAGUAAAUGUUUUCCCGACCAACCCUUGAGAGCUUAAUCUAGUGAAGGUGACGCAGUAGAGUAGGUUAACAAAACAAAAUGUCUGGUUUAUGAGCUUGGACUAGUGUAUGUACUAUUCUUCAGCACCGGACGAAAAAAUGGAUUUGCACAAAUUUGCUCCUUGCAAAUGUGUCGCAAAUACUGAGGAGUAAAUAUAAGGAGUAAAUAACUAGGCAAAUGUGGCAUUUACCAUGUUUGCCUCAGUAUUUAUAUAUUUGCGACAUGUGCAAGGAGCAAAUUUAUGGAAAUCUAUUUUUUCGUCCCGUGCAGGUUUUCUUUAAAAUGUUCCUUCGGGGACUAUUGAUUCUGCAUUGAAGGUGUCAGAACAGUGUCGUCUUCAAGACAAAGUCGUCUACAUACAUCCUUUUCCUUUGAAACACCGACAAUUUUUAUGGUCGAUGACAGGGAAAUAUACGCGGAAACAUUAGACGCGCAAAACGUGUAAAAAGUUUAAUGAAUCUCGAAAGCGUGACACCACAUUUCCCACUAGCUGGAACCGAUCGCGUCAGCUAGUUUCCCAUGCAGUCUUUCUAUUAUCCAUGGUGCUAGUCACUAUAAAGUUCAUAAUAAAGAGACUCAAAACAGCGGUAAACUUUGAAUCCUCGUUUAUUCUCGUUGUAUCCUUUCUGUAAGGGAUUUCCUGGUAUGUAUUGUGCAGGGUAAACAAAUAACGCUGAUUAUUUAUAUUUUUACCUUACAGGGAACAAGGUGGAAGUCUGGUGGAGUUUAAAGGUGGUAAUAUCCAGUGUCGAAACAUAAAGAACGUUGCGUCCAAAUGUCAGAACUAUGUCCCGGACAAAAUUCAGUUUGAGUCGGCUGGAAACCCACCCGGCUCCAGCCUGGGCCCGGAUCUCUAUCGGUCUCAGAGUUCUACUUGGCUGAAGGAAUAUUACUACCUUGAAGGAAGUACGAAGACCAAUAAUUGGCCUACCCAUGAUCCUUGUGGUACCAACAGCGAUAGAAACCAUCUCACCAACGUGGCUAACCCCCACGGGAACAUUUACAUCCGGGAGUAA